AUGACUGGUCUCCAUGUCGUGGACAAGAGGGAGGACUACCUAGACGACAUCCAGGAGAGAUAUGAAGUGUUAGCAGAGGGCGCACAGAACUUCCUGGUGAGCCAGUUCGGGGUGUCGUUCUUCUGCUGGGAGGGCGGCAAGUAUGAGGCGCAGACCUUCAACUUCUACCUCUUCCCCCUGCCCAUGCUGCCAGGCCAGGACAAGCGCUUCCUCUGCCAGGCUGGCUCGCUGGAGUUUCUGGCGGGACAGGGAUUCGACUUCAAUAAGUUUGUCUACGAGGGCAUUCCCUUCAUGCGCGUGGCCGACCGCGACCGCCGCCUGGCCGGCCUGAGCAGGGAGCCCUGCCGCUCAGAGAUCAGCAUCCACAAGACUGAGGACGUGGAGUUUGUCAGCUCGCUGGUGCAGCAAGUGUCCUCCUGGCUCAAGGGCAGGGAGAAGGAGCUGAUGCUGGAGGAGGUGAAUGGCUACCAGAGAGCCAUCCAGUACCAGCAGCUGGAGAAGCCCCAGUUCGGAGCUGCACAGCCGCCAGGCUUCUACUUUGAGUCUGCGGCGGGCCCCCAGGGCAGAAGGGCCAUCAGGCUGACGAGGACAACUGCUGCUGAGGUGGAGGCAUUCAAUCUGCGCAAGAAGGAGGCGGAGUUUGAGAAGGUGCGAGCAGCUGCUGGCUUCUGCGCUGUGUUGGAGCGUCUGCGCGACAGCGGCAAGCCGGCGGUGGGGCACAACUGCGCGUUCGACCUCACCUUCACCCUGGAACACCUGGCGCAGCCCCUGCCGCCCGACUGGACAGCCUUCAAGCGCCUCGUGCAGUCCUGGUUCCCCGGCGGCCUUUGGGACACAAAGUACCUGGUGAAGCAGCUGCCUGGGCUGUUCCAGGCGCUGCCCUCCACCUCGCUGCAGCCCCUCUACCAGGCCCUUAACCCUGGCGGCACCCCACAGCCAGAGGUGUUGGAGUAUCUGAACAGCACAGGGGACCGGCUGCCGUCUGUGGAGCAUGCCGCCGCAUUUGCGCGCUACACCGGCCCUGACGCAGACUCACACGCCCACGAGGCCGGGUACGACGCGUUCAUGACAGGCGCUGUCUUUGCAUGCCUGCUCCAGCUGCAUUCAACUCGCUCAUCUGGCGCACCCAGCUUGCAAGGAGGCACAAGCGCAGCGGCAGAGGCCGGAUUGGGCGCAGCUGAGGCCGGUGCCCUCUCAGUGCGCGGACUGGUUUCUGACAUAGAGCAUGCCUCUUUCUCUGGCCACCAACCGCAGUUCUCAGGCAUACAGGAGUUCAUGGGCCGGGUGAACAUCAUGAUCUCGCCAAUCCCAUACGCGGCUAUCAAUGGGGAGGACCCGCUGCCAGACCUUGACCACAUCUUCUACCUCAGCGGAUUGGCGCACGGAACAAAGCAGAGCGAUCUCAACAGGCUCCUGGACAGCGCCCGCCUCGGCCGCAUCCGCAUCAACCAGAAAUCCCGCGGCACGCAGGCCAUUGCAGAGGUGCUGGAGAGGGGCGCCAGCCCACAGGCAGUCAAGCAGGCGCUGUGCAGCGUGCUCAGCCUCUCACCAGACCAGGUGUUGACCAGCGCCGAGUUUGCAUCUCAGAAGGCGAGUGGGAAGCUCAGCAAGCUACCGCAUGGCGGCUGGGAGGCAGCUGCCGGGAAGUUUCCAGGGGAUGUUGCUCCUGGGAAUAACGGGGCGGACGGGCACGGAGCGACCCGGCCGGCAAAGAGACCGCGGGCCGAUGAGGAUGUUGUGAUGGCACCGGUUGACGAGAGUGAGCAGGCUGCAGCGCGCUCAAAGCGCUGCAUACUUAUGUGA